AUGCAAUUCUAUCCACCAGCAAUAACAUCAUCUUUAAUACCAACGUCAUUCAUUUCUCCAACUUCUCCAAAUAUAGAUUUUCUAAAUAAUUCUACAUUAGCUGCACCAUUGUCUGAAUCUCAAAACAAUUCGUUAGCAAACAUUACUUCAUCUGAUUCUUCACAAAAGGCAAUAGAUGUAUUAGCUAAUGUUAUUCAAAAGUAUAUGUCAUCAACAGUUUCACAAACGUCACACACAAAGAAAAGAAAAAUGAUUGAACGUGAAAAUGGUGAAAGUAUUACUACCAUGGAUGUUCUGAUGCGAUUACAACAAAAACAACGGAAAACGACAAGCCUUGCAAGACCAGGCUUACUGCAUCUAAUGGAACGAAGAAACGGUUAG